AACUUCGUGGAACAGAUAAAGCGAACAGGGAAGGAGGAGAGAGAUAGAGAGAGAGGAGGCGGAAGAUGGGGAGAGGGAGAGUGGAGUUGAAGAGGAUUGAGAACAAGAUAAACAGGCAGGUGACUUUUUCGAAGAGGAGGAACGGUUUGUUGAAGAAGGCUUAUGAGCUAUCAGUGCUCUGCGAUGCUGAGGUUGCGCUCAUCGUCUUCUCCAACCGCGGCCGACUCUUUGAGUUCUGCAGCAGUACUAGCAUGACAAAAACCCUUGGGAGGUACCAAAAGUGCAGCUAUACUGCAUCUGAGUCCGCGGUUCCAUCCAAGGAUACACAGAACAAUUAUCAGGAGUAUUUGAAGCUGAAAUCAAAAGUGGAAUAUCUACAACGGUCUCAAAGGAAUCUUAUGGGAGAGGAUCUAAUUGAGCUAAGCAGCAGGGAAUUAGACCAACUAGAGCUCCAAAUAGAAAUGUCUCUGAAACAGAUCAGGUCAAUAAAGACUCAAUUGAUGCUCGAUCAGCUCUGUGAUCUUAAAAGAAAGGAGCAAAUGUUGUAUGAAGCCAACAGAGCAUUAAGAAGAAAGUUGCAAGAAGAUGGGCCAGAUAUUCCCCUGGAACUAUCCUGGCCUGGUGGAGAAACCAAUGGGUCCUGUGAACGUCAGCAGCCUCAAUCAGACAAAUUCUUUCAGCCAUUGCCUUGUAGCAACCCUUCCUUCAAAAUUGGGUAUAGUCCAAUCUGUACAGAUGAACAGUUGAACAGGUCAUCAUCCACACAUAACAUUAAUGGCUUCAUUUCAGGAUGGAUGUGAUGAUUUAUUGACUUGCAACCCUAUAAUAAUUUAUAAUCUAUGUAGACUUCUCCUCGUUCUUCUGGUCGAAUAUUUUCUUAACAUCAGCAAUAAAUAAAAAAGAAAAUAUGAAUAAGGAAAAAUAAAGUUGA